AUGACUGACCUCAAUGAUAGUAUCGUUAUAGUGACAAUCUUAUGUUUUUGCUCUUCUGAAUCAGGUCAGCAGUUCCUGACACGAUCCUUCAAGUUUGCUACUCACCUUCACCAUGUCCGUUUGCAGUUUUUCGAUUACCCCACCAGACCGAAACCUCCGUUUCCUGUGGAACAAGGAGAACUACCGGAUAGGACCACGGCACCGAAGAUGCGCUUGGGUCGGACCUCCUCGUCCCAGCCGGGAUCCAACACUACGAGACGGGGUAUGCGCCGAAUCCGUGGGAGGCGGUGGUCAGAAACGAUGACGAUGAACAUGUGAAAAGCGGUGGGCGGCGGAGGCGCGCCACUCCUUGGGUGGAGACCGAGAAGGAAAGAAUGAAAGUCUCAUGUUUGAGACUGGUUGAAGCCCAUUGCUUGCUGCUGUCGGUGCUGGUUCAUGGCACCGUCGUUGGAUGUGUUCAUUUGUAGAUACAGUUCUUCCAUGUAGUUGUCAUUUGUAGAUACAAUUCUUCCAUGCAGUUGUCGGCUCACGUGUUUGUGUACACAUUGUACAAGCGCUUGCACAAGGUCGGCACGACCGUGCGGUUUCCAAGCUUCGGAUGGUGAUGGCAUUCCGCCAGAUUCACUCUUCCAGUAUACAUAGUGGCUCGAAUGCAUUGAAUGCAUGGAGACUACAAAUCGCAGCAAUCAGUGUUGCAUUCAUGAAUAAGAUGUACUUUUGAAGUAAAUGUAUA